UCGGGCGCGCGCAAGCGCCUGGUGCCCGCGCUGACCUCGGAGCUGGCGGCCAUGGGGCUCUCGAGUUGGCGGUUGGUGGUCGCGGCUGGCGCGGGUUUCGCGCUGGCCCUGGAGGCGCUGCCGUGGCUGGUGCGCUGGCUGCUGGCCGGGCGGCGGCCACGGCGCGAGGUGCUCUUCUUCCCGUCGCAGGUGACCUGCACCGAGGCGCUCCUGCAGACCCCAGGCUUGCCCCCCGGGCCCUCCUCGGGCUGCCCGUGCAGUCUCCCUCACAGCGAGAGUUCGCUGAGCCGCCUGCUGCGCGCGCUGCUGGCCGCCCGCUCCAGCCUGGAGCUCUGCCUCUUCGCCUUCUCCAGCCCGCAGCUGGGGCGUGCUGUGCAGCUGCUGCACCAGCGCGGGGUGCGCGUGCGGGUCAUCACCGACUGCGACUACAUGGCCCUCAACGGUUCGCAGAUCGGCCUGCUGCGCAAGGCAGGUAUACAGGUACGGCAUGACCAAGACCUCGGCUACAUGCACCAUAAGUUUGCCAUCAUUGACAAGAAGGUGCUCAUCACUGGCUCCCUCAAUUGGACCACACAGGCCAUCCAGAACAACCGUGAGAACGUUCUGAUUAUGGAGGACACGGAGUAUGUGCGGCUGUUCCUGGAGGAGUUCGAGCGCAUCUGGGAAGAAUUUGACCCCACUAAGUACAGCUUUUUCCCCCAAAAGCAGCGAGGGCACUGACCCUGCUCUGUCUUGCUCAGUCUUCCCGCUUGCUCUUGUGAGGUUCCCUCCUGCUUCGGAAAAGCCUUUCCUGGCAGGGGGCAGUCCUGGGUGCACUGGGCUGAAGUCUUCUUGUCCUUGCAUGCCCAUCAGAAGUCAGGAAGGAGGCAACAGUGGGCAGUGCUGUAGGCUGUCCUAGAGCAGUAGUUGUCUAGAUAGGCAGGCCAUCCUCUUCAAGUGGCUGCUGGGCAUCACUCGACACGUCUGAUAGUAUUGACCCUCUGCAACUGGCCUUGUAGCCUGGCAGUGUUAGUCACCGGUGAGCACUGCCAAGUGGCCGUGCCUGCCCGUGUCCAGGUGCCUUUAAUUUUCUAUGUCCCUCACAUUAGAGCAAUACUGUGACUCAGAAGUGACCUCUCCUCUAGCACCUGUGGACUCAUGGCUCUCUGCUCAGUCAUGGCUCAGGGGUUGAUGACCAAGGGAGGUAAGAAGAGCUGCCCAGGCUGUGAUCUCAGCGCUGCAGAGGGCAUCCCAGGGAGUCAGAGGAACAAGUUUCUCACACACAUUCGUGUGACAUGUUCCAAAUUAUUUUGUUUUUAUGUGCAAGUAGCUCCAGUGACGUAAGAGCUGGUUUUGUCAUUGUUCAUGCUUGUGUGUGACAAGCUCCAUGUGCCCUAAAGUCAGUCUGAGUAGAUGACGGGUCCUUUCGGUCACGGAACCAUUAGCAGCAGAUACUGCUCAUACAGGAGUUCUUUCUUCUUGGGGGGAGGUCUUCUCCUCAGGACCUGGGGUUACAGGCAUGUGCCACCAUGCCCAGCUAUUUUCAGCCUUUUAAAUGUUACCUUUUACUUAGUGUUAAGACAAGCAAACUUGAUGUUGAUUUUCCAAAAGAUUCAACAGACACUAUAAAGUAUAACACUCAGAAGCAGUUAUGUUGGAUAAGUUCCUUCCCUUCUGGAGCUCGUGAAUUCCUAAGUGUGUGCUCUGGUGGGGGAGAUCACAAAAUGUCCUUUGAGUGACAGUACCAUUGGGGACCUUGGACUGGUGGCACAUUUCAAUAAAUAUUACUUUAGAAUAUAAACUAUUACCUGUCUGCCUUAGCCUACUGCACUCAAAUGUGGCUACAUUGGGGGGUGGUAUACAGCUAUGUAGACCCCUGGUGAAGACAGGAGUUCCUGGGGGAGCAAUAGCACUGUAGAGUAGCCAUCUCCUGCUUAGUGUGUUUUCCAA